AAACGCCGGACCGUUCCGGUAUAUUCUAUGUUUCUUCUUUCUUUCCUUCCUUCCUUCUUUGCCAACCCCAAUCUCUCAUACUCUGUUUCGAUGCAGAGCAACAACAGACCCUUACUGAUUUCAUGGGCCCUGUCAUAACAUACCCUUCCUUCCACUUCACCACAUCCAUAUCAAGAUUUUCUUUCCCUUUUACAACUUCAAACAAACCCACAAGAAAUCCUUCUUGCAUCUCUCUUUCUUCAAACCCUCAAAACCCUACAUCUUCAUGGCAAAAAUACACUUCACCCAUGAAGAAAUUUCCAAUUUUGAGAUCAGUUCUCCAUGGUUUAAGAACCUUAGAUGAUAAAACAUCAAUGGACCAAUGGGUUUCUGAUCCAGAUGGAUUAAGUUGCAAUUACUUGCAAAAUGGAGGGAUUGGUAUGGUUCUCUUGAGUGUUACUUCAACUGCAAAGGUUCGAUUUAGCCCAUUUGUUGCAACACUUGCUGCAAAUCCAACUUUUGCAUCUGGGUUUUUUGCGUGGCUGAUGGCACAAUCUUUGAAAGUUUUCUUGCAUUUUUGCUUUGAAAAGAAACUGGACUUGCGAAUAAUGUGUGCUUCAGGGGGAAUGCCAUCUUCACAUUCUGCUUUAUGCACAGCUUUGACUACUUCAGUGGCAAUAUGUCAUGGGGUUGCAGAUUCUUUAUUUCCAGUGUGUUUGGGGUUUAGUUUGAUUGUUAUGUAUGAUGCCAUUGGUGUUCGCCGCCACGCUGGGAUGCAAGCAGAGGUCUUGAAUGUGAUAGUUGAGGACUUGUUUCAAGGACAUCCCAUCAGUAAAAGAAAACUCAAGGAACUGCUUGGCCACACCCCAUCACAGGUUGUGGCUGGGGCCAUGCUCGGGAUCUUGGUGGCUUGUUUUUGUUGUCAAGGUUGCUUCGGUGUCAUCUGAAUUCAAUUGAUCUAGACCUAUUUUUGGGGGUUUGAUGAAUUAAUAUGUAUUUAACAUGAAAGUAGUUCAUUUGAUGUAAUCCCAAGAACAAGUUGCCACCCGAAAUUUGUUGGUAAGAAUUUUCUCAUUUUUUGCUAUUUUAGAACAUUAGAGUUGCCGAGCUUGGACACACAUGGUCCGGCGUGACUUGUGACACUGUGAUUCAGCUCUCCAUGGUGGGUGUAACCGCACUUGCUUUGAGACAAAUUACAUGAAAAAACAAUGCACUGUUUGUCCAAAAGAUCAUCCAAGGAAAUACAAAGUAAUAUGGGAUGUAAAUACCAACUCCAUGGAAGAGUUCAGAAGAGUAAGAUUGGUUUCCAUAGUAAAACAAGAAAAGCACAAGUGGUGCCGGUUAGAAUCUCAGACAUGGUAUAUUGUUAAAUUGUCAUAUUGUUUUUCACGUUCGGUGGCAUUUUGUCUUGACCAUGCCAAACCUUCUGAU